AUGAGGGUUGUGAACAUGUACCCACUCUGCUGUCAUGGUAGACCACGUGACUUUCUGAUUUCAUAUAACCGGAAUUCCCAAAACGAAAGAACAUUACUAAUGUGCUGGUCGCAUAGGAGUAUUUAUAUCCGCUGGUCGGAAAUACCUUAUAAGAGUUACAGAUCUGCUGGUCGGAUCAUCAACUAAUUAAGAUACCUAAUGGACUUACACUUCUACAGGAUGGGAUUCACAAAAGUCAACUCUAUAUAUCCACUUCUUUGUUUCCUUCUCCUGAAUUUGCCUUAUUCAAAGGCGGAGGUCAAUGUUUGCCCUGCAACGAAGAGCAGCAUUGUUCGGAGGUGUCCCACAUCGGAACUCGAGUAUGAAGAGGCGUCUAGGAAAAUGAACUGCCAUGCUUUGUGCGGUCCAGAACAUCGCUUCCAUUGCAUUCGAGACAACAAACAUCAACAUUUACACAACAUAUGCGCUCGACCGACUAAAAUUAUCGGACACUGUCCGGAAUACAACGUGAGAGGACAGGUAGUCCAGAAUGACUACAACUCUCCAUACACAUACGACACAUGCGCAGAUUGUGUUUACAUCAACUCCUCAGAUGUCUACAAAUAUCCGCAUUGUCUGCAUAUCAUUUCCACGGAAAAUGAAAAUCGAAGAAACCCCGAGAGACCCCAUUCUCAACGCGUUGAUCGUUAUGGAAUUCCUUUGCCAAUUUUUAUUUCGGUUAUAAGUUGUGUCUGUGUGCUUGGAGUUGGUUUUUCCAUACUCUGCUACGAAAAGGUUUCAAGAAAGACUCCAUGGAAGAUAGCGUUCAGACGGGUAACAAGAUGUUUCACUUGCCAGCAGACGGAGGAUGAAAACAGGGAUUCAGAUAUCCGCAAUCAGCUAUGUGGAGAUGAAAGAAAUGACCUUUAAUUGUUGGUGGAUAGUGAUGUUGUGGGACUGCACAAUAACGAUCUUCUACACACAGGAUAAAUACAAUAAAAUCAUAAUAUACAACACAUGAUUUAGAAAACAAGUAAAUUAUGUAUUUGUUUGUGAGGAGGUUGGCAAUUUAGUACAUUAUCAAUAUUAUCAUAUGUUGUUCAGGAAUGGCGUAAUGGAAAUAUGUGACGUGUACUUUGCUUAGUAUAAUUCAAAUAAUAGUUAUCUAAUUUUCAUCCCAAAUCCACCACCACCAUGUUUGAAGUGAAGAACUGCGCUAAAAGACUCGAACCAGCUGGACUGGUUAGUGAUCAUUCUUAUAUACUAGCAGAUGGUCCUGAUUAAAACAUAAUUUGAGUGGAUAUCAUUUUGUUUUGUUUUGCUUGGGAGAUCAACAUGCCCGUAGUGUUAAAACAAUGUUUUGCAGUGAUAAAGUGAUCUCCCUCAGCAGUAUUGUAUCAUCAAUAAAAACCAGUCAUCAAUAAGGAAA